ACAAUUGGUUGGACCAAUCCUGCACUCAACAACUGGCUUGGUAGUAGAUAUCAAACCUAUUGCUUGGCAUGGAGCGAAUCUUGUGUUCCGACCAGAUACCCCAGUGGUCGAUCGGCUGCAAUGCUUCAGCAAAGCCAAAUAUUUGAGGUCGGCUUUUUGCCAUACACAGAAAACCUGUUCUUAAUCAGUCUUGUUUUUUUGGAUAUAUUAUUUUUUAUGUUAUUACCUUAUUUAUUCAUUUAUUUUUAUAUAUGUAUAAACAAUAACAAGGCCAGACCACAACACUGGGUUCUUUAAUCUCCCUUGCUAACCAAUGUAGAGAAGAUACAGGAGAUAGGGCCAAAGGAACAUCUAACCAUUUGCAGAUGUCAUAUCAAUGGUAGCAGAUUCUCAGUUAUUUUAAGACCCCAGGUGUUAGUCUGUUUUAGGGCUUGAACCCUUGACCUCCCGCAUGGCAUUCCAGAGCUCCACAGCUCCACAAAAUGAUAUAACCAAGUGUGGUAAUGUUAUUCUUGAUCUAAAAGAUGAAUUUGGGUAUUUCUAGCCAGGACCCCUGCUCAAGUAGUGAAUAUAGAAGUGGAAAGGAGAUUUUUCUCAUGAAUCUGUUGUUUUCUCUCUUCUUUCAAGCUGCUUUUGAGGAUGAAGAGGAAUCACAAUAUUUUGACUCUGAGGAUGUUUUCCAGCAGCUUAACUAGGAGGCCAAUGACUUUGGAGAUGAUUCUGGCUCAGACAGAGAUGAUGAUUUGACACCUUUUCAACGCCUUGCACGUGGCAUGGAAGAUCUCACAGGAGAUGGAGGAGUUUUUAAGCGAAUGAUUAGAAAGGGAACAGGACCUGUUGUACCUGAAGGAGCCACUGUGAGAUACCAUUAUAAUGGUUAUUUGGAGUUCAACGAUGAGCCUUUUGAUUCCUCAAGGUUAAGAAAUAAACCAGAAAUUCAUAAGCUUGAGGAAAACAUUCUAGGACUCUAUUAUGGUUUACGCACCAUGAGGAAAGGAGAAAAGUCCAAGUUUCUUGUGACUCCAGAAUAUGCUUAUCUGGAGAUGGGCUGCACUCCUCGCAUACCUGCAUCAGCAAAAGUACUAUUUGAAGUGGAGUUACUGAGCUUCAUUGACCACAAAGCAGCAGAUGAUUUUGAUGCAUUUACUGAGGAAGAGAGGAAGCAGGCAUCAUUUGAGCAACUCCUUGAAGUGGCUAACUCAGAAAGAGAGGCUGGAAAUGACUUUUACAAACGGAAGCAAGUUCAUCGUGCUGUGGGGAAAUAUUUAAAGGCCAUCAAAUUACUGGAAAACUGCCAUUUACAAAAUGCUGAUCAAGAGAGAUGGAUGAAUGAAGUUUUGCUUAAACUGUAUCUCAAUGCUGCUCACUGUUUUCUCGAGUUGGCAGAGGUGAAGAAAGUUCUAACCUAUGCAAGAAAGGCUUUAGGUAUUGACCCAAGGAAUGUAAAGGCUCUCUAUAGAAUGGGAAAGGCCUUACAGAAGCAGGGUGAAUUUGACAGCGCUAGGGAUAAGUUCAAGAAGGCACAGUAUUAUGAACCCAGCAACAAAGCAAUUAAAGAUGCCCUUAUUGAAUUGGACAGAAAAGUGAGUCACUUCCAAGCUCUUGAAAAGCAGACCUUUUCACGCAUGUUUGCCCCUGCUAAGAAAGGAAAAGGUAAGGAUGAAAAAUCUUUACAAGCACCUGUAAACCUUAAAGCAGGAAAGAAGGAAUUGCUUAUUAAAAAAUUAAGAGAGUUCAAAGAGGACAGUUACACUCAAGAAAUCUCCUUCCCAACAGCAUUAACUCAGCAGGAAAGAGCUUUCAUUAAACAGACAGCUCAAGAGUUGGGCUUCAAGGUGGAAGGCAAAGAGGGAACAAACAAAGAACUGAAGGUUACAAAGUGCUAGUGGCCAGGAACCUCUAAGUUGAAGGUUUGUUUGGUUCAAGAUUAGAAACUGAUCCAAGUACAGACCAACCAGUUGAAUUUAGUCUAAAGAUAUACUGCUCUUUGACAGUUACAAGUUUUGUUAAAGGAUUGGUGUAUUGGUUGUUACCUUAACUUGAGUGUGGUUAAGCUUAAAUUCACUCUAAGACUGGUCAAAUAAGAUUUCUAUUUACUUGAAUUAAUUCAACUCCUUUAUAGUGGAAAGAUAUCAGAGAUGAAGGAUUUUAAGUAACUGCGACAAGUAUGUAUUGAAUAGUAUUUGAUAAUAAAAUGAUGAAUGAAGUACUCCA